AUAAUGGCGUAUCCGAGCGUCCUGAUCCGAUCCAAUACCCGGUUCUCUUUCGCCCUCUUCAAUGCUGCACACCAAACGAAACCCCUUCUUCUUCGAACCCUAAUCAUGUCGACAUCGCAGAUCAAAUCCAAGAGACCCAUCUGCCCAUCAUGUUCUAAACCCACCCGAACAUGCCUGUGCUCUCGGAUUCUGACCUCCGGCAUCGACAAUGCGGUAAGCGUAACCAUUCUGCAACACUCGCUAGAGAGCAAGCACCCUCUUAACUCUACUAGGAUUGCCAGACUAGGUCUCAGGAAUCUCAAUGUAGUGACUGUUUCAGAUGUUAAUUUCGAAGCUCGGUUCUUGAUUCGGUUGAUGAAAAGUGAUUCUGAAUCGGGUUUGGUUGGAAAUGGUUCGGAUAGUUUGACUUUUCAUCAAGCUUCGGAAGUUAAAGGCACAGAGAAUUCAGUGGAUGAACAUGCUAGUUCGUCCGAUUCCAAGAAAGAAAGUGAACCUGGAAUCAGUGUCAAUGAUUGUGUAGAGAAGCAUGAUAAUGCUGAGAUAGAUCAAAAUACUGGAGAUUCUGCUAUUACUGUAGUUAUUGGGAAACAUGGUUGUAUUAAUUAUCUGUCUCAUAUAUGGAGGUCCCUAACUCAACCCAAAAAGCCCAGCUUUAUCAACAUACUCUCUUGUCCGGAAGCUUGUGAAUCGCUCAAAAAAGGGUUCAUGGUGAAGAAGUUGCGGAGGAAGUUAGAGGGAAGCAGUAAUCUGCAAGAUGAUGAAGAAUGUGAAUUUGAACUUGAAGUUCCUCCUGGAUCAGUACUACUAUUUCCUUCCGAAACAGCUGUGGAUAUCACUGACCUUGAUGCUAUUGGUUUUGAGAUAAAGAAUUUGAUUGUCUUAGAUGGAACAUGGGCUAAGGCAAAAAGAGUUUACAGUGAAAAUCCCUGGCUGAACAUUUUGCCCCAUAUAAAGCUGAAGGUGAACAAGAUGAGCUUGUAUAAUGAAGUAAGGCGUGAGCCUAAAGAUGGCUACUUGUCCACCAUUGAGAGCAUUGUCCAUGCCUUGAAGGCAUUAGGGGAGAAUCAUGAGGGCCUGGAUAAUCUUUUGGAUGCUUUUGAAUCCAUGGUUGGAUAUCAAAGGCGGUUUAAAGAGGAGAGGCUCACCAAACGAUCCUAAGUUUGAAACCUACCUUUCUCAGAGGCACGCAGAUAUACGAGACAAGCAAAAUAUACUGUCCUGAUACACGUUCAAGUGGCAUGCAGUAUUCAAUGACUGUUCUGUCAAGCACAUCAUCCACUUGGCGAAUUCUGCUCCCUUUUUGAGAUAAUGGUGCUUCAUUCAUACCUUUCUUCUUCACUUGAUCUGACAA